AUGCGCGCGCGCGUCGCGGCGCUGGAGCGGCCGGCAAGCGGCAGCAACGGAACAGGGGUGGCCGGCGCAGUGCCAGUCAGCACAAGCGACGGCGCCGUCGCUGGCGCCGCCGGCCCCCAAGCGCAGCCGACCAUCGUCGCGCACGGCCGCGCGGAGAGCGCCACGCCCGGCGCGACGCCUUUCCAGACGCCCGGCAGCUCUGCAAUGGCGACCCCAGUAGGCGGCUCGCCCGCUACGUCUGCUGUGUCUGUGUCCCCCGCAUCCACCGGCUCUGCCCUGGACCUGGGGGAGGCCGCCGGCUACUGGGAGCUGCUGCUGCACCCCGACACCGAGGCCAGCAUCCCGCGCGCCAAGAGCGCCUCGGACGCCAGCCUGCUGCGGCGCAAGGGCCACCUCAAGGAGCAGGACCGGCUGAUCGAGUACAUCCGCCAAAUGCACGAGACACACACGUGCGAGGAGGCCAUGUACAAGACAGAGCGGUGGAUUGCGGACCACCGGCAGGACCCGCGUCGCAGUCGCCUCAAGCGCAUCGUGCCCACUGUGGGCAGCUUCUUCACGCCCCUCAAGCUGGUGGAGGCCUUCCGCGAGUACGACGCGUUCUUCCACCUCAGCCGGCGGCGCUACAUCCCGCCAAACUUUGCUGAGCUGCGCCACAUACUCAACAUUGCACAGGUCCAUGCCAGUGCAGAGUCGCUGCGUCUGAUCACGUUUGACGCGGACGGCACCCUCUACGCGGACGGCUGCCACAUAGAGCAGGACAGCGAGAUGAUCCGCCUCAUGGUGUCACUCAUGAGGCUCAACGUGCACGUCGGCAUCGUCACCGCCGCGGGGUACCCGGGCGACGCCUCAAAGUUUGAGGGCCGCAUCGAGGGCCUGCUCAGCGCCUUCAGGCGGCUGCGGCUGCCGCCUGAGAUUGCGGGGCGCUUCCACCUGAUGGGGGGCGAGUGCAACUACCUGCUGAGGGUGGACCCCUCCACGUGCAGGCUGGAGUUCGUGCCGGACGAGGAGUGGCAGACGGCCGAGAUGAGGGCCUGGAGCGAGGAGGACAUCCGCGCCACACUGGACGAGGCGCAGGUGCGGGGCGGAGGCGGGUGCACAGCGGGGGUCAGCUGGGCCUGA